AUGAGCAAUGACGGUAGCGAUCAGCAAUUGAAAGUUGGGGGUACCGAAAAAGAGCCAACCAAUGAGGCCAGUUACUCAAGUGAUAACGACACAAAUGAGAGAGAAGGUGGCUUGAGCGAAACUGCAACAGUAGAAGCUUCAGAGGGCCCUCUGAGACUCGACACACUCAUUGAAUAUCUUCCGACUGGAUGUUGCCCAACUAGUUUCGAUGCACACGACAAAAAUUUAUAUUUAGGAACACAACAGGGCGAUCUCUUGCACUAUUUCGAGAUGGAGACUAAAAAUUAUAUGCUGGUUUCACAAACCAAGUUCGAUCCCGAGAACUCUGAGCCAAUUGAGGCGAUAAAAGUCCUCUCGCUAAUUGAAAUCGCUUUACUUCAUACAGGAGGGUCCUUGCACUUCUUUCUCCUACCUGAAUUCGCACCGGUCCCAAAUAUGGACAGUAUACCCAAUGUGAGCGAUUUCCAAGUCAUACGCUACUCUUCUAGUUCCAGUGCGUAUCAAGUUCAACUUUUUGGGCCAGAAGGAGCCAGAAAAGCUACCAUCUACAAAAAUCGUAUUGUAAUGUCCGAUCCAGUGUUUUCCAAGCCGAUCUCACAUGCCAAAAUCUCGCGAAGGUCGAUGAUGGCAUCCAACGGUGGCAAUUACGAGCUCACAGACUUAAAAACAAAAGAUACUUUCCCUUUAUUCCACGUUAGCGAGUCAGGCGGCGAUUUAAAGCCUCUGAUUGAAAUUUAUAGUACUGAUGAGUUUCUUGUGUGCUGUGGUAAUUCAAUGGAGGAGAGCGCGAUGGGCCUUGUCGUGAAUCGUCAAGGUGAUAUUUCACAAGGCACUAUAGUUUUUGAAAGGUAUCCGCUAGACGUCAUCAUUGACCUCCCGCUGAUACUUGUGGAUUACGGGAAGCAUGGCAUCUACGUAUAUCAUCUGGAGUUAAACACUGAGCCGAAGAUUGUGCAAAAACUUAGGUGCACUUCUAGUGACAGCAGAUUAAGACUAACAAGAACGAGCAAAGUCUUCCCAGUCGAUAACCUCGAAAGAAAGCAACAAGUUGUUGAAAAGCUGCGUUCCGUCCCUUUAACCCCAGGAACCCACGAGUUUCGCAUUAAUCAGGAGAGAGCACAUGUGAUGGACAACUACGAAGAGAAUACAUCCUCACUGAUUUAUUCUUCCGCAGGCAUAUAUCUACUUAGCAAGGAACCCGUGGUUUUGCAGAUUAACGACUAUGAUGAGCCAACGAUCGAAAAAAUUGAGAUCAUCCUCGAAGAGUAUCGAAGGCUAGCUUACAUGGGAUCUCUCCUGAAACUGACAAUGAAUUACUUACGUUUGUUGCAGCUCUUUCUUAAAGUUUUGCAUCGCCAAAUGAUAGACCAAGAAAUCGUCAUGGAAUGGUGUGCCAACGCCUUCGAUUUGGACCUGCGUAUUUUUUUUAACCUAUGCGGUAUUGAAGUUUUUGGCGACAUUUGGGUGCCUAAUGGCCUUGUAAACUUCAUCCACGAAACGCGCGGACUCAAACUGUGCCAUAAAAUUACUAACUUCGAGAAACAACUCGAGGCUAUUCGAAGCGAGCUCCGAAAUGAGAAAUUCAAGUCAUUAAAAGAUAAAGAGAAUGUUUUCCGCAGUAUUGACACCGCGAUUGUAAAGUAUAAUGUGGAGCGCAAACUUAAUGUAAACCUGGAUCAAUGCGAGCCAACGAGCUACCUGGAUAUAUUAGCUCUACUCAAGAGUAACAAAGAGCGUUAUAACCCCUUGAUGUAUGAGAUUUAUCUUCGCGUUGGUGACUACCCCAACUGUUUAUCACUUUUGAAAGAACAAAAGGAUGGCACUCAAGUAGGCGCCUUCAUUAUUGAAAAUCUCACGAAGCUACAAAGCAGUAAAGGAUAUGACCGUAACACGCUGCAGAAGGACAUCGUAUUUCUUAUAGAGACCCAGACUAGUGGUCCCGGUCGUGAACGUCUGAUGAAAGACAUUACUGAUAUAAUGAGUCGAUCCAAGCUUGAUGUCAAGGAUUUGAUAUCCAUACCUGAUAAAAAUGUCACCAAAAUGGCAAUUUUGGAAACUUUGGGCUCCAAUGACGUCAGUGACAAGCAUUUUAUGAUAGAGUACUACGUCUCAAAGCUUCGAGAAGUAAUGGAGAAAGGCAAUUUAUGGGAGUUCUUCGGUGCACUAUCCGCAUCCUAUGCUCAAGAUCAAGAUUAUCUGAAGCCGAGCUUGAAGACGUUUCUGGAUAUGAAACUAACUUCUAGUCAUGAGUGUAGCGAAUUGCUACAGUAUGGGGAAAAGUUGAGGUCAUUGAUGUAUGCAGAUGAUGAUAGACUUGUCUUCGAUGCUGUCAUUGAAAAAAUCAAACUCUUUGACAUCGCUAAUAUGCUUCUCUUUUUUUUGGUGAAAGAUGAAGACAAGCACUUGAUUUUCGAGCGAGACUUGCUGGACAAGUUGAUGACCUAUAAUGAUUUUGAAACUAUCGACAAGCUGGCAACUGAGAAGGACAUGAUAAAAGUUUUGAAAUUUUAUUUGAAGCUUGAGUCCAAAAAAGACUCAUUUAUGCUGCUCAAGAAACAUUUGAAUAAGCAUUUAAACACAGUAGCAUCCACUGAAGGCCUAAUUGAAGUGCUGAAGCUAAUUCCAAAUGAUUAUGGUUUUGCAGAUAUCAUGGACCCUCUAACUCUAGUGCUGGUAAAAAUCAAUACAGUCCUCACGAACCAAGAAUUGGAGAAGGCACUAUUGAAGCACGAAAUACGCGAGGAUGUUGAACUUCUUAGCCGAUUAAUGGAAGAAAAGGACCUAAAGAACUGA